AUGAAUGAAUCUAUCUAUCUAUCUAUCUAUCUAUCUAUCUAUCUAUCUAUCUAUCUAUCUCUGUCGGUUAUUAUGUAUGUAUGUAUGUAUGUAUGUAUCUAUAUUUCUCUGUCGAUUAUCUAUCUAUCUAUCUAUCUAUCUAUCUAUCUAUCUAUCUAUCUCUGUCGGUUAUGUAUGUAUGUAUCUAUCUAUCUAUAUAUUUAUCUAUAUUUCUCUGUCGAUUAUCUAUCUAUCUAUCUAUCUAUCUAUCUAUCUAUCUAUCUAUCUAUCUAUCUAUCUAUCUAUCUAUCUAUCUCUGUCCGUUAUGUAUGUAUGUAUCUAUCUAUCUAUCUAUAUCUAUCUAUCUAUCUAUCUAUCUAUCUAUCUAUCUUUCUCUGUCGAUUAUUAUCUAUCUAUCUAUCUAUCUAUCUAUCUAUCUAUCUAUCUAUCUAUCUUUCUCUGUCGAUUAUUAUCUAUCUAUCUAUCUAUCUAUCUAUCUAUCUCAGUCGGCUAUUUUCUAUCUAUCUAUCUAUCUAUCUAUCUAUCUAUCUAUUUAUCUAUCUAUCUAUCGCAGUCGGUUAUUUUCUAUCUAUCUAUCUAUCUAUCUAUCUAUCUAUCUAUCUAUCUAUCUAUCUAUCUAUCUCAGUCGGUUAUUUUCUAUCUAUCUAUCUAUCUAUCUAUCUAUCUAUCUAUCUAUCUAUCUAUUCUGAUCUGCUCUGUUCAUUUCCGAUUAAGGCCCGUCUGCUCGUUACCAUACAAGCCGCUCUGCUUAUUUACGAGCAAGUCCAUCUGUCCGUUUCCAAAAACGUUCAUCUAUUCUUUUCCGAACAAGUUCAUCUGUUCUUACUGAACAAGCUCAUCUGUUCGCUUCCAGACAACACCGUCUGUUCGUUACCGAGCAAACACGUCUGCUCAUUUCCAAAUAAAUCUGUCAGUUCAUUUCCGAGCAAGCCCUUAUUUUCCUUUCCGAGCAGGCACCUCUGCUCAUUUUCAAGUAAACCUAUCUGUUCAUUUCCGAGCAAGCUCUUCUGCUCGUUUCCAAGCAAGCCCGUCUGCUCUAUUUUAAGCAAAACCAGUCUGCACUUUUCCGAGCAAGCCCGUCUGUUCCUUUCCGAGCAAGCCCGCCAGUUCCUUUCCGAGCAAGCCGGUCUGUUCCUUUCCGAGCAAGCCGGUCUGUUCCUUUCCGAGCAAGCCCGCCUGUUCCUUUCCGAGCAAGCCCGCCUGUUCCUUUCCGAGCAAGCCCGCCUGUUCCUUUCCGAGCAAGCCCGCCUGUUCCUUUCCGAGCAAGCCCGUCUGUUCCUUUACGAGCAAGCCCGCCUGUUCCUUUCCGAGCAAGCCCGCCUGUUCCUUUCCGAGCAAGCCCGCCAGUUCUUUUCCAAACAAGCUCGUCUGCUCGUUUUCGAGCAAGCCCUUCUGCUCGCUUCCAAGCAAGACCGUCUGCUCGAUUCUCUUUCAGAGUAA